UUGCGUGAUAGCCGUUGAUGUACCGUCGGUUAAUGUGGUGAAUUGCUCGUGAACGGGGUUAGAAGUGUGCGUUUUUUUAGAUUCGAUCAUCAUGUUUCACAAAUUAUUCUACCCGACAGCCCAUAUCUUAAUGAAAUUUUAUUUCAGAAAUAUAACACAAAUUUUAAAUUUAAUAUCUUAUUAGCAGUUAUUAUACGGCAAUUAACAAUUUUCAUGACGACAUGAUUUCUGCAACAAACGAGUCUGGCAUUGAUCUUGACUUUGAUCUUCAUCGCCUUGGCACAGCAACUAGUAAUAAUUGUGUUGCUAUUACUAGUAAUACGGAGAAUGUUAGGAAACCUAUGCCAAGUUCCACUGCCAGUGAUGAAAAUAACUCUAACUUAAUGUAUUAUGAAUUGAAAAGCAAAACGCCACCUGAAACUCAAAGUCAAAGCGUUCUGGGUUUGAAAACUGUCACCGCCAUGAGUCGUACCAGUCUGAAGCAACAGUUAAUGCGAGAACAGAUGCAACAAUUAGAGCAAAAAGAAGCCCUUGCUCAACAAAAGACAUUGUCAACUUCUGCUCCUUCAACUGCUGCAAUCAAAGUACCAGUGUCUGUAUCUGCUGUGGGUCUAUCAGUCCCUCCUCAGGUGCUUCAGGUUCAGACCUGUUUAGAAAACCCGACGAAAUACCAUGUUCUACAGAGUCAAAGAAGACAAGUACAACAGUAUAUCAGCAGUACUCAUGGCACUAAUCGUCCACAGAUCCAUACCUUAUCACUUGCCCCCAAAAUAAGAAACUGUUAUCCAAGCUCUGACAGUCCACCAUCUGCCCCACCAAGCAGUUCAACAGCAACGAGUACAUCAGAGCUGGAUGAAUUCUGGGAUGAUUUCAGUAACUUGGGAACUGGAGAUACUGGAGGUGACGUUAAUCUUCUUGAACUAGAGCCAACUCUCAAUCUUCCAUCAACGAUGCCUGGAGCUGCAAAUCUUCUUGAUAUAUUUUCUUUGGGACAAGUGGAAUCAUCAGAAUCAUGCCCACCUGACUUUGCAUGUGUGAAAGAAGAGCCGUUGUCUGUAUGUGAUGACCAGAUCCGUGCAAUAGCGAAAGAUAGACAAAAGAAAGAUAAUCACAAUAUGAUUGAAAGAAGACGAAGAUUCAAUAUCAAUGACCGGAUAAAAGAGCUGGGGAACCUUCUGCCAAAGAACAAUGACCCCAAAAUUGGACCUCUUAAAUAUGGAAAACUCUGUUGCAGCCAUUUUGACCUAGUCCGUGACCUCCGACAAAAUAAGGGAACAAUUCUUAAGGCCUCAGUGGACUAUGUGCGCUGCUUGAAAAAAGAAGUUGUUAAAAUCACUCAUAUGGAAGAAAGACAGAGACAGCUGGAGCACCAGAACAGGAAGCUACUUCUUAGAAUACAGGAGCUGAAGAUUCAGCUACGUUCACAUGGCAUCCCAGUUACAGACUACGCUUGGCAGCCACCACAAGAAAAUGAUCUGAAUACCUUUGUUAAGCAGGAACCUAACCCUCCAAACAUGUUUUUAAACACUCCUGGCACAAGCAGCACCUAUAUCAGUGGGAACACUCACUUGUCUACACUAGAUUUGAACAUGAUUGGUUUGAAGGUAAAUCAGGAGCCUCAAGCAAGUCCUACUCUAAACCCUAGAUCUGGACUAAGCUCUACACUGAGUGCAAGCCCUGGUCAUCCUCUUGGCCAGUAUGAUGAAACAAUGAUGGAUGAUGACAUGCUUCCAGUUAAUGGUGAUCCCCUGUUGUCUUCUCACCACAUGGGAGAAGAGGUUCUUUCAACUGAUCACAUGGAGUUUCUACAGUAAAUCAUGAAGUAAAAAGCUUUAGCCUGAAAUAUGUUAUCCACGUUUCAUUAUUAGCCACAAUAAUGACCUGGACUUCAGAUUAUAUGCUGUUUAAUAUGUUUUACAUCAUUUGUGUCCAAAAACUUUUAUUUUUAUUGGUUUACCAUGUUCAAAAUCAUCUUUUUCAUUUAUCAGUGCCAACAUAAUGAUAACUGAAUACCUUUAGUUAAGUGUACAGUUUUGUCAAUUUACAGUAAAGAGUAAGGGGAGAUCCAUUAAUAAGCAUCAAGAUUAAUUCUUGUGGCUAUAAUUUGUUGUCUGUAGCAAGAUCUGUAAUGAAGAUUAGUAUUGGGAAUAUCAAAAUACAGAAUUUGGUGCCUUUUUUGAACUUUCUAGAGUAUCAAAUUAUUAUAAUUUGUAAGAAAGGUGAAGAUUUGUUUAAUUAAAAGAAAAAUUGGAAAAUAUUGCAGAUGUAAAAAAAAAUAUGACAAGAGAAAAUCAAGGUUAUAGACAUUUGUAUUAAUGCUAGAGAGAUUGAAGAGAAUACAAAUUGCCUAGUCUAGAAGACUGAAUAUUGAUCAAAUGAUCAUUAGUUUUAAACUACUACAUUGCCUUAUAUUUUUUGUACAGGUUCCCAUAUGAUGUAAUGAUUAUUUGAAUGUAUGUUAUAAACAUGUAUAUAUAUAUAUAUAUUUUUAGAUACUGUGGUGUUCUACUGCUAUAAGCAUUUUUACCAGAGAUGAUGGAAAAUUAAAGUUUUAUAUAGACUUAAGCUUACUGAAUGUGGUGUAAGACUGCUGAAAGAUCUUGUUAUCUUUAGUACUUUGUCAUAAGUUUCCUUUCAUGUUAUCUUGUUUGUAGAAAUGCUAAAAAGUUGUACUGUUAGCUCAACAGUUAUUUCAUGAUCAGUGUUAAGUGUAUUGGUUAUAGAAAUGUCUGAAACUCCAUGUAAGAGCUUUUAAAAGUAUUUAUGAAAUUAUGAACUGCUGCAACCCUCAGUGAUUUGGUCUGACUAGAUUUUCUAUAAAAUAAGUCAUUUAUACUUUUAGGUGUGAUGUUUGUAUUACUGAUUUUAUAGUUCCUAUAGAUGGUAUCUUUAGUGCAGUUUAACUAAAUGUAUUUCUUUUGAUAUACCUCUACCUUGAUUUUUAAAUUGGUGUGAAAUUGUGUGGUUGCUUUAACAUGAAAUUAUAUUUAUAUUCAUUACCAAUUGAUAAAUAGCUUGUAAUAACCUAAUCACUGACAAGUGUUUGUUCUUUUAAAUGAGUUUAAAAAACAUAUUCAUCAUAAUGACUGGAUACUGCAUACUUACCUAACUUCUGUAUGUAGACAAUUAAGAAACAUUUACUGUGAAAUGUAAUGGUUCUUACCAUUGAUUAAAAAAAAAUUAUAUUAGGGAAGGCAUGACCUAGAUGGGUAGCAUGUCACACUUUGUAUUGGAGAGUCUGGUGUUCAAGAUGUAAUGCUAAUGGACUUGCUCUAAACUUUUAGCUGUAGACACAUAAUCAAAGUGACAGUUAAUCCCACCAUUUGAUUCAAAGAGCCAAGCCACUUUUGGUGGUGGGUGCUGCUGGCUUCUCUCUUGUUAGGCUACCUGAACCAUAGGAUUCUCUGACUUGGCCAUUUAGCCCAAAUAUAUAUAUGGUGUCGUUCAAUUUGAAAGUUAUAAUUUUCUAACAUAAAAUAUAAAAAGGAAGCCAUAGUCCCUGGUGGGUGUAUUACCUUACACUAUCCUAUUACCGGCUGCUUGAUGUGCUCAAAGAAUUAAAAAUUAAUAGAUGAAAUUAUUACAAUAAGGAACUGGAAGUCAUAUCGACAGUCAAAAGUAAAUGUGUUUAAGAAUAAUAAACAAUCUUUAUGUGAUGUUUUAACAUUUUCUAUUUACCAGCUUUGCUGUUAAACAUUAUUUUUUGACUUCAACAUUAAGAGAAAGUAUGUGUUCUUUACUGUAUUUUACAAAGGAUUGAAGCAUAAGUGUCAGAUGAGAGAUUGGGCAUUGGUAUAUUUGUUAGAACAUUAGUUACUACUAACUAUAUCAUGCCGAGAAAGGAAUCUGUUGUAAAGGGCUUUACAUGAUAAAAAAAAUAAAAGUAAACUCUUUAUAAUCUGCAUGUAUAUUACUACUGUUCACCUAGACUUCAUCACAGAGACUUAAAUGUUUUUCCAGAGUUUACCUGAAAGUGCAUUUUCAUCAGAAAAGUCCACUGAAGAAACACAAACAAAAAAUUGGAACUCAAAGCAACAUUACUCUGUGCUGGUGGAAUAGUAACAUUUAAGUUGUUCUGCUGAAAAAAGAUGGAUUAUUAAGUCAUUAAGACUUUGAAAAGGAUGGUCAAUCACAAGUUAUUUAGACUAAACUUAUAUGCAAAUCCACACGUUCGCAGUAUUUUAGAGGAAAUAUGUGGCAUCAAACUUUUGGGGGGGGGCAGGAUUUAUCGUAAAUGAAUAAUGUGUUGGAAAAAUAUCUGGAAGGCUGUAAAGAGGGCUUUAGUAAAUAUAACCUUGAAUUACUGAGUUGAUAUUAUAAUUAGUUGUGUAAUUUUUUUUUGCUUACUGGGGAUAGCUCAUUGUCUUUUUUUGUUUUGAUUUUAACAAAAAUUUGGAUCUAAGAUGCAUUCAUCAUUAGAAAUGCUUUGAUCACAUUUUUGCCAUCCCAAUGUAUUAUUUAAGGUUUAGGCUGUAACUUCACAUGUAAAUUUGUUGAAGAAAAAACAAGAUUAUAUGUUAUUAUAGCAUUGAUGACAGAACUGGAUACCUUAAUGUAUUACUUUACAUUAUAUACAAUUACUUUUAAAGAGAUUUUUCCUGCAUAUAUAAAAUUGAACCCCAUAUUGUAUAUAUUUUGGUUUUUCAUGUUAAAUUCGUAUACUUUUUAUUUCAUUGUGUUCUUUGAAGAAAAUAUUGGUUUUUCAUUAUGAAAUGUUAGUUAAAUAUUAUUCCUAGAAGGAGAAAUUAUUUGACACUAAUUUUUUAUAGUUCUACAUAUGUAAUGUUGUUAAAGCUUUUGUUGAAGUCAUAGUGAUUACUUUAUUGAGAUUUUUAUGUUUAGUUAUUUUAUGGAAGUAUUAUGUAUUCAUAAGUGUUAUAAUAUUUUAUAUUGUAUUUCCACAUACAGGAUAUAACAAAAGGAAUACACCAACUCUGAAAAUACACAGCAUUCAUUCAAUAUAGAGAACUUCAAACUUAAAAUCGUUCCAUAUAUUUUCCCAUAGCUCCCAUUCAUAGUUUGGCAUGUUUGGAGGUUUCAUGAUGUAUCAAAUAUAGUCUAUUUUGACCUUCAUCCAACAAAAACUAACAUAAAACAGUAUGGUUGCUACUGUUGUUACAUCCUGUAUGUAUUAUGUGAUGAAUAACUGAAUGAACUUAGUUUGUAGUACGUGAAUAAAAAUCAUGUGAAUAGCCUCACCACAAAAUCAUGACUUUUUUAAGAAAAUAAAAAAAUUGGCUACUAGUCUUCUCCAUGAAAAGCUUGACACUAAAAUGAACAACUAAUACUGAACUCUAAGGAAAGUUGGUAACAUUACAUUAAGUGUUUUGUUAAGAUACAUGUCAAAAACAUGAUACACCAAGAUUUACUUUCUCUACAGUUGUAAAUUCAUCACGUUCAAGAUACAGAUAUAAUAAUACCAUUUUUAUUCACACAUGGUGGAAGUGUAUCAGCACAAUUUUUUUUGUAAACAUUGAAAAUAUAACAUGUUUAAUGUAAUUAAAUUGGAAGAUCCUAUUAUUAAUCGGAAGAAAGGAGUGAGCUUCUUAACUUAAUGAAAUAUGUUAAUGUGAUACUGUUUUUUAAGCAUUUUGUCAUAUUUCAGUAUUAUUCUGAAAAUUACUUCUAACAACUUUUUGGAGUGUAAAAAAAUUAAAUAUUAAAAAAAUUUUUAAAUGUUUUUAAAAUUUGAUUUCAUGUUAAUGAUUUAAGAAGAUGUACCAAUGGAUUUUUUCAAAUUAAUCAAUGAUAUGUUAUUCAUUCUGGUUUAUUAAAGUUCAGACUCUCAUUCUUUAUAAUUGGUAAUGUCCAAGAAUAUAAUUGUUAUUUUUUAUAGAAAAUAUUACUAGAGUCAACCUAAAAUUUUUGUUUACUCAAAAAUGUUUAUCAUUCUUUUCAUUCUGUCAAGUUGAUAAGUAAAUUUAAAAGAAUUGAAAAUGAUUUUAUAGUUUUCCAUUACAUAUGAAGCCAUUUCAUUGUUGUUUUUUUUCAUCUGUUAAUCAGUUUGAAACAUCCACGUAACUCAUAAUCAUCUAAACCAUUUAAAUUCAACUGUGUCUUAUAGAUAAUUUCAUACCAAUUCUUUUUGGCCAGGGAGCCAAGUGUGGCCUUAUUGGUAAGUAUGCUGAACCGUGUAUCAGAGACUCCAUGGUUCGCACCCUGUCACCACCAAAAAACAAAAAUUGUGCUACACGAUACGGAGCCAUGGGUGCAUUAUAAGAGUGAUAGUCAAAUCCCACUAUUGAAUUAGAGUAUCUGAAGAGUUGGUGGUCAGUAGUGUUGACUAAUUGCCUUCCCUUUAGUCUAUCACUUCAAAAUAAGGGAUGGCUAGUGCAGGUAGUCCUUGCAAAAGGUGCACUGUAAGACUUUUACAUUCUUUGGAACUAAUCAUGUGUAUGUUUUUUUUUUUUUUGCCUUUGCAUUAGAUGACCAUUUUUACUUGAUUUGAACCUUUGUACUACCAUUAUAAGAAUAUAUAUAUACGUAUAAUAUACAGAGAGAGAGAGAAUGCAAGUAAAGCAUUUUAACUGAAAGAGAGGCAUGUUAAUAUAAUCUUCAGAAAUAAUUUGUAAUAAUUUGAGAUUUGAUUCAGUGAUAAUCCCAAUUCAAGCGCGUGUCUGGUAUGUGUUACUGGAACCACUAAAAAAUUUUCACACAAUCACACAUUUUCUGCUGCAUCAGGUAAUAUAUUUACGUUAGUGGACAAUCUUAAGUGCUCAAAGGAUGCAUCUUAACGUUAAGAAAAUCACAAUCAGUGAUGGUUUAUCAUUUGGUUUCCGAGGAGUUUACUUUUUGUUAAAACUGUGUAAGGUUUUAUCUUGCUGUGUUUGGAUAUGGUAUAAACAUUAUAUUAUAUAUAUAUAUAUAUAUAUAUUAUGUUCUAUGACGGCCAUUCAUGAAAGUUAUAUUUUUUGAAUGAAAAAUGUUGUUGCUCAAGUGUUUUAGUUAGUAUGAUACGUAUUUUUUGUGUUUUUGUUACGUUUUUCAGAAAGUAAAAGUAAACAUGUUUUCAAAUGUG